CGAUUUGCAAAAUCUUUUCUUCCGCCUCAGUCAAAACCUUAGAUCUGCUCUUUUUCCGCCAUUAAAACCUUGCAUCUAUUCUUUUACCGAUGUGUUGUCUUCCAUGAGAAGAUCUAGAACAGAUUUACUUGGGUGGGGAUUGUGGAGGUGAUGGUGGCUACAAGUGCAAGAGAGGUCAUCUGCGAUGGUUCCGGAGAGUCAGCGGCGGCAAUGCCGGAGAAUCGUUGUCGGCGCUGCAGGGGAGUCAUCGGCGGUAGCUUUGACAGUUUUGACAUUCGUAAAAGCACCAAUUUGAAGGUUUCGGGUGUUGUUGUGUGGCGGUACGUUGUAUGCAACCGCGAAGGUCAUAAGCAUUUUGCAUCAACCUGCAACAAACCCACUCACGACGAUGGAGACUUGCCCAAGGCAAAACAAAGGAGACGCAUUUCCAAUCGUGUUGAUUGCAAGGCGCGUGUGGCGUUUAGGCUCACGGGUGGUGUAGGCUACUCCAUAUCAUCAUUCAUUGAAAGUCAUAAACAUCCCAUGAUGUCCCUUCAAUCUAGGCCCUUUUUGAAAAUCAACAGAAAUCUAGAAAUUGGCCACAAGAAGUUUAUGUUGAAUUGUGCAAAGGCGAGCAUUGGCCCUAUGAAGUCCUACCGAUUGUUUAAGGAAUCAGUUGGUGGCUUUAAUAAUGUGGGUGCCACUGCAAUUGACUUCAAAAAUUUCAAACGAGACUUAAAGGCAUAUAUUGCAGGCGCUGAUGCUCAAAUGCUCAUUGACAAACUAUUCAGAAAGAAACAAACAUGCUCAGCAUUCCAUUUUGACUAUGAUGUUGAUGAGAGUGACCAGCUAACUAGGGUAUUCUGGUGCGAUCCUAUUGCUAAGAAGAACUACGCAAUGUUUGGAGAUGUCAUUUCAUUUGAUGCAACCUUCAACACAAAUAGGUACAAAAUGGUUUUUACACCAUUUACUGGUGUAGAUAAUCACCGCAGAUGUGUAACCUUUGCAGCUGGUCUGCUGCGCAGAGAAGAUGUUCCUUCGUACAGAUGGUUGUUCAAUCGGUUUCUUGAUGCAAUGGGUCAUGCACCGCAAUGCAUAAUCACGGACCAAGACACUUCUAUGGCUAUUGCUAUUCCAGAGGUUUUCCCAAACACAGUCCAUCGUCUCUGUAUGUGGCAUAUUACCAACAAAAUUACGUCCAAAGUUGAAAAUGAACUUGCAAAAGAUCAGGACUUUUUGACAAGGUUAAACUCUGUAAUAUGGAGUCAUUACCUCGAGCCUGAAGACUGGGAAAAACAAUGGCAUGAGAUUCCCGCAUACUUUAGGGAUUUGUUCAUGAUUGGUUUACUACGCACAACAUCACGUUCUGAGAGCGAGAAUAGCUUUUUUGGUGAUUUCAAAAAUACCUUCUUCACUCUUGUCGAGUUCUAUAUGCAAUUUGAAAGUGCUAUGGACUCCCAACGACUUAAAACUGCAGACUUGGAUGCAGAUUCAGAAGCAUGCGCCCCUGUUUAUAAAACACCGCUUGCAAUUGAGAAACAUGCAGCAUCCAUCUACACUCUGAGCAUCUUCUACGACGUACAAACAGAGAUAUGUGCAUCAUGCUUCUCGUGCAGCGUGCUACAGGUGGACAAGAAGGAGCAUACGUUAACAUUUGUUGUGCAGGAUUCCCGAGAUAUGGUUGUUAACGUUGAACAUUCAACCUUAGAAAGCUCUUUCUUCUGCACAUGUAAAUAUUGGCAGCGCAUUGGUCUGCUGUGCUGUCACAUAUUCUUGGUGUUCAAGGGACUGAGAAUCAAACUGAUCCCAGAACGUUAUAUUACCAAUAGAUGGUGCAAAACACCACUCCUGAAGCCACUGAUCGAUGUUUCUGGCUUGGACUUUACCUCGGAAUCAUCCGUUGACGAAAAACAAAUUAAUGCUCAACCGUCUAUGGUCUAACAUUCACUCUUGUGUUGCACUCAUUGAAAAUAACCCCGAGUUAUUAUGUGCUUUCUCCAAGGUAAUGGAGAACCUAACCUCUUUGAAAAUUACUGUGGUGUUCCCGCUCCAUCAGUGAUUAAAGUGCUUCCACCUCAACCAGCUCAUAACAAGGGUAGUGGUAAGCGCAUCAAGAGUGCUAAAGAGCUCCAGAUUGAACAAAGCAAGAAGAACAAACGCUUGUGUCGAAC